AUGUCCGAAGAAGUUUCAGAACAUACACCCACUCUGCCCUCCCUGACAUCCUGGUCCAAGUCACGCAUCUCUGCGACAUUCACCGCGCCGAGCCCCGCGGCGACUCUCGCCGCGCUGGACGCGACGUUUGCCCGGACGCUGCGCGCGCAGGUCAACGGCGACGCGGUGGACUUUGACGGCUUCACGGCGAUGAUCGCGGGCAUGGCGGAGCGGUGCGCGGAGGGAGGGGCGAGGGUCGAUUGGGUGUGGGCGGCGGAGGGGGAGGAUAAGGGGGACGAAAGCGAAUCGGGGGAGGGGGAGCCAGGUAAACGGGCAGGCAUCGUGCGAGGAGAGUAUUAUAUACGGGGUACGUUCGGGGUGAUACCCGGGACGACUGAACUCGUCGAGCUCGAGGUGCGCAAACGGGUCGUAGCGAGAAUCGACUCGCUCUCCAAAGACCCAGUGAUCGAUAGCCGCCGCAUUGUCGAACUUGACGCAAUCGUGAACCUACUCCCGGUCGGCCCUGCAGCGCCACCGCGCGUUACUGGUUCAAGUUGUCAAGGAUGA